CAAAACUGAUAAGAACAUAGCCGAGGGUGGACUAGCCGGUGACAUCGCUUCGCUGGCCUGCUCUGUUCCCUUAGCCCCUUCCCGCUGGCCGUAAGCUUUUUGUUGGCCUGCCGCUACUCCAUUAUUUGUAAGCUUAAAUUCCUAAUCCCGGUUCCAAUUCCAACAAAGAAAACUAACAACUCCCCAAUUCCCAAUCGGGAACUGGAAUCCGUGCCAGCGCCUAUGAAUUAGUUCAAACCGAAGACGCACGAAGGAAGAGGAGAAGAGAGAGAGAGGGGGUACGAAUGGCGAUUCUCUACGCGGUGGUUGCUAGGGGGACGGUGGUGCUGGCGGAGUUCAGCGCCGUCACGGGGAACACGGGCGCGGUGGCGCGGCGUAUCAUGGAGAAGCUGCCAGCCGACGGGGAUACCAGGAUGUGCUUCUCGCAGGAUCGUUUCAUAUUCCACAUACUCAGAUCCGACGGCCUUAGCUUUCUCUGUAUGGCCAACGAUGCCUUCGGCAGGAGAAUCCCAUUUUCAUAUUUGGAAGACAUUCACAUGAGGUUCAUGAAGAACUAUGGCAGGGUAGCUCCGUAUGCACCUGCCUAUGCAAUGAAUGAUGAGUUCUCAAGGGUGUUGCAUCAGCAAAUGGAAUUUUUCUCUAGUAACCCAAGUGCUGAUACUCUGAAUCGUGUCAGAGGUGAAGUGAGUGAGCUCCGAACAGUUAUGGUUGAUAACAUUGAGAAAAUACUGGAGAGAGGUGACCGGAUUGAGCUUCUGGUUGAUAAAACCGCGACAAUGCAAGAUGGUGCAUUCCACUUUAGGAAACAGUCUAAACGCCUUCGCAGAGCUCUAUGGAUGAAAAACGCCAAACUUUUGGCGCUGUUAACGGUCUUGAUAGUCCUGUUGCUGUACUUCCUUAUUGCUGCUUUUUGUGGAGGCAUCACUUUACCUUCAUGCAGAUCUUGAGCAGAGGUAUGCCUGGUCCUUGGAUUUCUUGCCGUGGGCAUCUUCAAGGCUCUCUUUUUGUAUCAACUCGAGCUAAAACGAAUCUGGUGAAAAACGAUCGACAACAUAAAGAAGUUGAAGGCAGUGAGGAAACUAAGCAGUGCCUGUAAUGUUGUAAUAACAUAUAUAUAGCUCGAUCGCUCACUAUUUGUCUUCCUAUCUUGUAAAUUCCUGGUCUUCUGGUCUGGUAGCAGCUGCUGAAUUGUUCUGAGUCAGCUGUAGCUUCUUUUUCUUCCUUACCCUCCUUUUUUCUCCACAAGGAACUUCUCCCGAAGUGAAUAGCCAAUAAAGUUAUGCUGCAUUAACACAGGUUGACACGAUAUGAUCAUACUGUCUUGUGAUUUCAGUUGUUGGAUGC